CCGGAGCCUUAACGCUGCGGUGUCUCGACUCGGUCGCUUCGCGUUGUCCGUCUUUCCGUCCGGUGGUAACUGUGGAAGUAGACUAAUUGAAUGGCGAUAAAUUAGUGACUUCGAAACUUCGAAUUUUUUUGUUGGUGUUCAUAUUUUAUUAGUAUUUGGUUCCUUCGGACGUCGUUCCCCCGUUUUGGUACCUUUGGAUCUUUAAUUGUGUAGUAAAGACGUUCAACAAGAAGUGAAGAUGACGGGCAUUUGGGAAAAGCUUUCCUUCCUCUAUCCAUGGCACGCCCUGGCUGUAAUCUCAGUAGGUUACGUCCUGGGAGAGCUGGGUCACUAUCUGAUAGGAGUCACCAGCAAGGCCAUAGCCAUAGACCUCCACUUCGGCGACAUAGCCUGCCAGCUGAACAGCACCGAGUACCACCUGAGCGAGCUACCCUUCCUGUGCCGAGACGCCAACGACUCGGCCACCUGCCUCUCGUACAACAUAAACGGCACCCCUUACUGCGAGUGGAACUACAACGGCCUGGGCCUGGAUUAUCAAAUCCUGGCCGGGCCCAGCUUCAUUGCUGUGUUCACGAUAGUAGGGGUAAUUCUGGGCUUCGCCGCCGACAAGUUCAACAGGGUGAAAAUGCUGGGAGUUUGCACCCUGGUGUUCGCCCUCGCCAUCAUAGCAAGCGGCGGCGUCUCCGAGUACUGGCAACUGGUCAUACUGAGAAUGAUCAUGGCGGCCGGCGAAAGUGGCUGCAACCCCCUCGCCACGGGUCUCCUCUCCGACAUAUUCCCCGAGGAGAAACGUGCUUUGGUCAUGUCCAUUUUUAACUGGGGCAUCUACGGGGGUUACGGCAUUGCCUUCCCCGUGGGCAGAUACAUUCCGCCUCUUGAUCUGUGGGGGUUAGGCUGGAGGGUUACGUACUACGGUGCCGGUAUCUUGGCGGUGAUCCUGGCCUUUUUGACCUGGUUCACGUUGAGGGAACCGGAAAGGACCAGCAUUGGGGAGAACGCCCAAGAAGACGGUAGCAAGAAGGUCACCAUCUGGACCAUCAUCCUCGAACCAAGGGUUAUAAUGCUGUGUCUGGCCGCCUCCAUCAGGCAUUGCGGGGGUAUGUGCUUCGCCUACAACUGCGACCUGUACUACCAACUCUAUUUCCCCGACUACGAUUUGGGUUGGUGGUUGUUCGCCGUCACCAUCGUCAUUGGAAGUAUUGGAGUCGUCAUUGGAGGCAUCGUGUCAGAUAAGUUCGUCGCCAAAAUGGGUAUCAGAUCUAGAGUCGUCAUAUUGGCAGUGUCACAAAUAAUUGCCACACCUUUGGCUUUUGGAAGCGUUUACUGUUACCCAGUAGGAGCCAUGGUCACCUUGGGCAUCAGUUACUUCUUCGCCGAAAUGUGGUUUGGAAUAUUGUUCGCAAUCCUUGUAGAAAUCGUACCGUUAAAAGUAAGGUCCACAACAGUCGGAGUGUUUCUAUUCGUCAUGAACAACAUUGGAGGCAACCUUCCCAUCUUAGUCGAACCUGUAUCCAAGGCCAUCGGCUACAGGGAAAGCCUGUACAUCUUCUACGUGGGCGCCUAUGGAUUAAGUUCACUGAUGUUCUUAGGAACAGUAUUCUUGAUGGACGGUCCAAAACCAGCUCAACCACCACCACAAAAGGAACUAAGCGGCUUCGACAACAGCGUUUUCCGUGGGGACGAUCACGCCCUUCCCACCAUCACAUCUUUGGUGCAAAACACAAAACGGCCAUCGACCGAAAGCAGCAGGCUGUAGAUUGUUCUUGUAUUGUUGUUUGGUUUACUAAUGUGAUAUGUGUUAUGAUAGUACAAGAGGCGAUUCGUGCUCGAAACUGCACAGAUCGGUGUACAGUCGUUUUAUAGCUGUUAGUCGGGUGUUUUAUAAACACGGUUAAUGUAUAUAGUUAAUUUAUUUUUAAAUGUUUGUUGUGUGAUUGAGAGAGGCACUUCCAAUUGUUUUAAAAUUAUAAGCGAAUAAAUGAUCACAAAUUA